CUCUCGCGGAUCAAUCACGGCCUUGUUUGUUGCAGCUGCUCGAGGCUUUUACCUCCACCCUGACCAGUCAUUCACGCUCCUCCUCCGGCGGACCGUCCUCAUGGCAACGCACACACGGAGGAGAGCAGCUUAUCAACGCAGAGAGGCAGAGCAUCCCCGCAGGUCCAGACUGCGCGGUGCCACUGAUAUCAGAGGCAGGAAGGAAAGCAGCUGCGCUUCUGGGAAACUACCUUCAAGCUUUUACAUUAUAGCAGGAUGAAGUUUAUGAUCGUGCUGGUGGGAGCGGGCUCUCUAGCCUUUCUCGGCGCUGUCAUCUGCAUUAUCGCCAGUGUUUACUCCCAAAAACGCGGCGUGACCUCCGGCGACAAUGCCACCAUGACUUCGGAGGCGCUGAUCCAGCCUCUGGAGCCCGGAUCGGUGGCUCAUGCGGGACCGCUGGGCGCGCUGCACGGACCGGGCUCCUUCGAUGGAGACAACGGGCUGGGCGGGAUGGAUCUGGAGGUCCCCACGCUGAACGAGCUGAACCUCGGCAAGGAUAGCGGAGGUGGGUCGGGGAAGCAGUACAGCUUCAGCCGGUUGGUUUGCACUCCUCUACCUGUUGGAGAUUGUAAGAGCAAAGAUGUGAGGCAGAGCAGGGAGCAGCAGCAGGAUGAGCCGCUCUACGGGAACGGAGAGGAGGACCUCCGGAUGACAGCGGAGAACCUCCGGCAGAUGGUUUUACAGCAGAACGAUCAGAUCCUCAUGGACCAGAGAACCAUCCGAGAACUGACGGGGAAGCUGAGCGAGUGUGAAAGUGGCCUGGAGGAUGAGAGAACCACGCCGGCGCGGAGUGUCGGGGUGUGGAGCGGUGGCCGCCGCAUCAUGGCCGGAGACGAUGUGAGCUCCUCCGCAGCGGCGCAGCUGCAGACGGCCCGGGCAGUGGAGGAGCUGGCCAGGGCCAUCAUGGACCUGAAGGACCGGAUAGAAAAACUAGAGGCUGAGAUCGGCCCCGGAGCCUUAAACCUCACAGAUACAUCUGUUGGUGUAAGCAGCACCAGUAGCAGCAGCAGCAGCAGCAGCCAGACUGGGAAUACUGUCAAGACUCCAUCACCGUCCACUAGUGGCGCUCCCUCAACAGCAGCAGGGGCUGCCUCAGGGGGGCGUCGUCCUGCUUCCCUACCCUCCCCUGGCUCCAGGCCUCCUUCUUCCAAGGGUUCCCCUGGCCGAGGAAAGAGCACCUGGAGGGUGGAGGACCUGGAAGGGGAACUGGAGAGAAAGAUAAAGAUGCUGGAGAAGGAGCGACAAGCCAUGAGGAAGGAGACGCACGGCCAACAUGAGAAGAUCAACAAGGGCAUUGACAACGUCAACCACCGCAUCACAGAGCUGGAGCACACACUGACAGAGCCUCCGUUCCCUGACGGCUUUGUCCUCUCCUUUCCCAUGAGGACCAACUACAUGUACGGCCUGGUGAGAAAAGAGAUAACCGAGAUGUACGCCUUCACUGCCUGCAUGUGGCUCAAGGCCAAAGAGGGAGGCAUCGGAACCCCCUUCUCCUACUCUGUGCUGGGACAGCCUAAUGAGCUGGUGCUGCUGCAGGGAGUCCACAAUCCUGCAGAGCUGCUCAUAAAUGACAAGGUGGCGCAGCUUCCUCUGUCUCUACCCCAGGAUGAGUGGCAGCACAUCUGCGUCAGCUGGACUCUGAGGGAUGGAGUGUGGAAGGCCUACCAGGGGGGGAAGAUGAAGGGAAGAGGAGAGGGACUAGCUGCAUGGCAUCCUAUCAAACCUGGAGGAGUCCUUAUACUGGGACAGGAACAGGACACCCUCGGCGGACGUUUUGAUGCCUCCCAGGCAUUGGUUGGGGAGCUAUCCCAGUUCAACUUGUGGGACCGGGUUCUGAAACCCGCUGAAGUGGCCGCCCUCGCCGACUGCAGCUCCACAGCGCUCGGCAACAUCGCCCCCUGGACCGAUCAGGAUGUAGACGUCUACGGCGGUGCCACCAAGGAGUCUCUGGAUCCCUGCCAUGCGGCCCAGAGAUCCGGUCCCUCCGACCCCAAACAGUGAAAAAAAUCACAAGGAGGAACCGGCCAAUCGGGGCUUUGUUAGAUGGUCUGUUUAGGAGUCGAUUCAGAUGUUUAAAGGUGGAUCAAACUGGAGUUAAGACUAUAUUUGUUUUAGGGCAGACAGGGAACUUGCAGAUCAGCUUGCAGAGUGUGCUACAAAGCUGUAAAGAGUGGUGUAUCUGUUUUGUUGUUUGUGUUGGUGUACACGCACAUGUGUUUACUUCUGCAGUGAGAUACAGCGACUUCAGUCACAGAAUCACUUAAGGCAGCAUAGUGGAUCAGCUUCCGGCCUUUACAGCGUCAGUGAGGAUGCUUCUUAUAGAGAAAUAAUAUCUCCACUCAUUUAACCUUACAAGAUUCCAUAGGCAGAGGAUUUCAAGGCUUUGUAUUUGGUUUUGUAAAGAAGCUGCAGUCAUGAGAUAUCUAAGGUUUUUAUAAGUUUACAUCACAGUGACACAGCGUUCUGUCUACUCAUCA